AUGAUCAGGAAGUCAUUAACACCAUUGUCCAACUUUGUCUUUAAGCCAAGUGUGCAAGUGAGUUCAUUCGCGCCCUCAGUAUGGUCAGAGUUCUCACCAUUGGCCAUGAAACACAAGUCCAUCAACUUGGGACAGGGCUUCCCUGACUUUGACCCACCUGAGCUAUUGAUCAAUGCCCUGCGUAGGACUCUGGAUCAAGGUGGCUUCCAUCAGUACACACGUAGUGCUGGACAUAUGAGACUAGUGAAUGCACUGGCCAACACAUACUCGUCACUCUUUGAUCGUCAGCUCGACCCAUUGACAGAGAUCGCCACUACUGUAGGCGCGUCAGAAGGUCUGUUUGCGACGAUCCAAUCGAUUGUCAACCGUGGCGAUGAGGUCAUCUUGAUGGAGCCAUUCUUUGACAUCUACACGGGUGCCGUGCUGAUGGCUGGUGGCGAGCUGCGAUACGUGUCACUCAAGGAGCGCGGUGCACGCGGAGCAGAUGGUGCGCGUCUUGCUUCACAGUGGCAGAUCGACUGGAGCGAGCUGGAACGCGCAAUCACUCCCAAGACCAAGAUGAUCCUCAUCAACAACCCGCACAACCCAACGGGCAAGGUAUGGUCUCGCGAGGAGCUGAUGCGUCUAUGCGACAUUGUAAAGCGACACCCCAACAUCGUCCUCGUCAGUGAUGAGGUCUACGAGUUCAUGACAUUCGACGAUGCCAAGCACACGCGUGUCGCCACACUGCCUGGCAUGUUUGAGCGCACGGUCACCGUGUGCAGCUCGGGUAAGACAUUCAGCUCGACCGGCUGGAAGAUCGGCUGGGUCAUUGGCCCCAAGCCCAUCAUCACAGCGAUUGCCAACACCCAUCAGUACAUCCCGUUCAGCGUGUCCACGAUGAGCCAGGAGGCAGUUGCCGUUGCAUUUGAGAACGCCGGCAAGCAAGGCUACUAUGAGAAGUUGCGCGAGAUGUACCAGGGCAAGCGCGACCGACUUUUCAAGGGACUGACUGAAGCUGGUCUGGACCCGGUGUGUCCUCAGGGCACCUAUUUCAUCUUGGCCGACACUUCCAAGAUCAAACUCAAGGGUGAUCAAGGUCAGAACACAUCGAUCACAGGCAUUGGCAAGCAUUUGCGUGAUUGGAAUGUCUGUCGUUGGCUGACCACCGACAUUGGAGUGACGGCCAUCCCUCCAUCCGCCUUCUACAGUGACGAGCAUGCUCACGAAGCUGCCAACUACGCUCGCUUCACCUUCUGCAAGCAAGAUCAAGUAUUAGACAAUGCCAACAAGGCCUUACUAAAGUUAAAUAAGUUGUAUUAA